AUGUCCGCUGGACGUUCACAAAUGGUGCUUCGGUCGGAACCUGAUUCACCGUCUUUAGGACCGACUUCUGCUUCUGGUUCUCCAUCUUGCUUUUAUUUGACUGAUCAUUCACCUCCAAGUUCUCUGCAGUCGAACGCUUCCUAUCUGAACUUAUACGCAUCUCAGUUGCAAGGCAACACACCGAGGAUGAUGAGGGCUAACUCCACCCUUUUCAGGGAACCUCACAUCUCAAGAACAAAUUCUUUGAGCAACUCCAUUGGAGGAAAGUCUCCAGAGUUUUCCCCUGUCUCUUCAACUAUGCCUUCGAUGACCCCAUUGAACUUAUCAAUAUCAACGAGUGGAACUAUUAGUCCAGAGCUAGAAGAUAAAAAUGGAAACUUUCGUGAUGACUUGGGUACUGACGAACCCAAAUUUAGCGGUGGAAGUGAUGGUAACGAUGAUGACGAUGAUGUCUUUGGGGAAAAUAUAAGUAAUCCCCGACCCUAA